AUGGCUCCAAAAGGAAAGAAGGUCGCUCCAGCCCCAUUGGCUACCAAGUCUGAGUCCUCUAAGGCUCCAAAGAACCCAUUGUUCGAGACUACGCCAAAGAACUACGGCAUCGGUCAAAGCAUCCAGCCAAAGAGAAACUUGACCAGAUAUGUGAAAUGGCCUCAAUACGUCAGAUUGCAGAGACAAAAGAAGAUCUUGAACAUGAGAUUGAAGGUCCCUCCUGCAAUUGCCCAGUUCCAGAACGUCUUGGACAAGAACACUGCCACCCAAACCUUCAAGUUGUUCAACAAGUACAGACCUGAGACUGCUGCCGAGAAGAAGGACAGAUUGACCAAGGAGGCUGCUGCCAUCGCCGAGGGCAAGAAGGCCUUCGACGUCUCUGCCAAGCCAGUUGUCGUCAAGUACGGUUUGAACCACGUUGUUUCUCUCAUUGAGAACAAGAAGGCCAAGUUGGUUUUGAUUGCCAACGACGUUGACCCUAUUGAGUUGGUCAUCUUCUUGCCAGCUUUGUGCAGAAAGAUGGGUGUGCCAUACGCCAUUGUCAAGGGCAAGGCCAGAUUGGGAACCUUGGUCCACAAGAAGACCUCUUCUGUCGCUGCAUUGACCGAGGUUGCCGCUGCUGACGAGGCUGACUUGGCUAAGUUGGUCUCCACCAUCAACGCCAACUUCAUCGAGAAGUACGAGGACUCCAGAAAGCACUGGGGUGGUGGUAUUAUGGGUAAGAAGCACAACGACAAGGUCAUCAAGAAGGCCAAGCAAAUGGACGUUGCUGCUGCUCCUGCUGCUGCCUCUGCUUAA